UGAUAACCAGCGAAGGGUCGAGAUGUUUUCGUCUGUUAAACAGCUCCCAAAAGGUCUACGACAAACCAUAACUACACUAUGCAGGAACAACAGUACCCUUGUGAUAGCUGAGCAUAAUAACCAGAAAUUGAUUCCUUCCACCCUUCACACAAUCACUGCUGCUAGCAGUCUAGGAGAAGUCACAUGUAUGGUGGCAGGAACACAAUGUGCACAGGUUGCUGCUGAAGUUGCCAAAGUAAAAGGAGUUAAAAAAGUAAUAUUGGCUGACAAUGAAUCAUACAAAGGAUUCCUUCCAGAGGCCCUGACUCCAUUGUUACUUGCAGCCCAGGACCAGUUUAAAUUUUCUCAUAUUUUGGCACCAGCUACAGCUUUUGGGAAGAGUUUGUCUCCAAGACUUGCUGCCAAAUUAGAUGUUUCUCCCAUUUCUGAUAUCAUUGGAAUCAAAGAUAAAGAAACCUUUGUCAGGACAAUAUAUGCAGGGAAUGCCAUUCAGACUCUGAAAUCUAAGGACAGUGUAAAGGUGAUAACAGUUCGGGGUACUGCGUUUGAGGCUGCGGGGACUGAGGGUGGAGGGGGAGCUGUGGAAGAUGCUCCUUCAUGUGAUGUAAAGAACGAUCUCAGUCAGUUUGUUGGUCAGGAGUUGAGUAAAAGUGAUCGACCAGAAUUAACAAGUGCCAGCACAGUCAUAUCUGGAGGGCGUGGAAUGAAGAAUGGAGAAAACUUCAAGCUUCUUUAUGAUCUUGCUGAUAAAAUGGGAGCUGCUGUGGGUGCCUCGCGUGCAGCUGUGGAUGCUGGGUUUGUUCCUAAUGACAUGCAGAUUGGCCAGACUGGAAAAAUUGUAGCACCUGACCUGUACAUUGCUGUCGGUAUCUCGGGGGCCAUUCAGCACCUGGCGGGGAUGAAGGACAGUAAAGUGAUUGUAGCCAUCAACAAGGACCCAGAGGCCCCCAUCUUCCAGGUGUCUGACUAUGGCAUUGUUCAGGAUCUAUUUAAGGCUGUUCCAGAGAUGACUGAACUUGUGAGCAAGAAGUGAAGAACAAUAUUUAACAGUGAUAGAUAACUCAAAUUGUGAUUAAAGUGUAUUUGAACAAUAAAUAGUGAACAUUU